AUGGAAUGGCCUGCAGAUUUUCAGUAUUCUCCUUUGGAGGAGUCACCACUGCAUGGGAUCGAAAUCGACAAGGGUGCUGGGUGGACUUUUGAAGAGAACAAAAUGUUUGAGAAUGCUUUGGCUGAAAUUGAUCCUUCUUCUCCAGCUUUCUUUGAAAACGUCGGAUCAAGGGUUCCUUGGAAAACCAUUGAAGAUAUCAAAAACCAUUACCAAGCAUUGAUAGAAGACGUUGGUCUGAUUGAAUCGGGCAAGUUUCCGAUUCCAGAUUACGAGCAAAAUAAUGUUUAUCAUCACCUCGAAGGCAAAAAAUAUGAUCAAAUAGAGUCCAUUAAUAAAGACGAGGGAUCUCCAUCUACAAAAAAUGGCCAACAACGCCGAAGAGGCGUUCCAUGGACUGAAGAAGAACAUCAGUACAUUAUUUCUCAUGGGAUUGAACAAGUAUGGGAAAGGAGAUUGGAGGAGCAUCUCAAGUCAAACCCCGAAACACGUCCCUUCACUUAUUCCUCUUCUCCCUUCCUUCUCUCCACAAUCACGCACGCCCCACAACCUCGCUUCGUCUUCUUCCUUCCUUCUCUCCACAACCACGCCAUAAUCUUGCUCCACAACCUCGUCGUCUUACCGGAUGACCACACCAUCUCCGCCCUUCUCCUCCUCGGCAGCCGCCCCUCUCUUUUCCCACCACCAUCGCCGCCCCUCGUUACAUACUACCAGAUCUGUCCAUCUUGA